AUGAGUCCGCAGCCCACAAGAACGGCAGCACCUGGCACGUUCCUAGAGGACCCAGGGAGCAGAAAGCGAAAGGGAGCUGGCGCGGGGGGACUGCACAGGCAGCAUGCGCCCGCCGGGAGCAGCCUCGGCGCCCAAGGUCUGAGGCUGCAGCCCCCGUUCGCCAUUGUGAGCCGCCGGGGGAGCCAGCCGGCGCCACCGUUCCCCCGUGUCCCCGUCCACGCCGCGAUGGGGCACCUGCCCGCGAGGACGCGCGGCGGCCGCCGCCUCCUGCCUCUGCUCUGGCUCUUUGUGCUGCUCAAGAAUGCUACAACAUUCCAUGUAACUGUCCAAGAUGAUAAUAGCAUCGCUGUCUCUUUAGAAGCUUCAGAUGUCAUGAGUCCAUCAUCCGUGUAUGUGGUGAAGAUAACUGGUGAAUCAAAAAAUUACUUCUUCGAAUUUGAGGAAUUCAACAGUACUUUGCCUCCUCCCGUUAUCUUUCAGGCCAGUUAUCACGGCCUGUAUUAUGUCAUCACUCUGGUAGUGGUAAAUGGAAAUGUGGUUACCAAGCCAUCACGAUCAAUCACUGUGUUAACAAAACCUCUUCCCGUAACCAGUGUUUCAAUAUAUGACUAUAAACCUUCUCCUGAAACAGGAGUCCUGUUUGAAAUUCAUUAUCCAGAAAAAUAUAACGUUUUCACAAGAGUAAACAUAAGCUACUGGGAAGGUAAAGACUUCCGGACAAUGUUAUAUAAAGAUUUCUUUAAGGGAAAAACAGUAUUUAAUCACUGGCUGCCAGGAAUAUGUUAUAGUAAUAUCACCUUUCAGCUGGUAUCUGAGGCAACUUUUAAUAAAAGCACUCUUGUGGAGUACAGCGGUGUCAGUCAUGAACCCAAACAGCACAGAACUGUCCCCUAUCCUCCUCAAAAUAUCUCAGUUCGUAUAGUAAACUUGAACAAAAACAACUGGGAAGAACAGAGUGGCAGUUUCCCAGAGGAAUCGUUCAUGAGAUCACAAGAUACAAUAGGAAAAGACAAACUCUUCCACUUUACUGAUGACACUCCUGAAAUUCCCUCUGGCAACAUUUCUUCUGGUUGGCCUGAUUUUAACAUCAGUGACUAUGAAACCACAUCCCAACCAUAUUGGUGGGACAGUGCAUCUGCGACUCCUGAAAGCGAAGAUGAAUUUGUCAGUGUUCUUCCCAUGGAAUAUGAAAAUAACAAUACACUCAGUGAGACUGAGAAAUCGACGACCAGCUCUUUCUCUUUUUUCCCUGUCCAAAUGAUACUGAGUUGGUUACCACCAAAACCACCCACUGCAUUUGAUGGGUUCCAUAUCCACAUGGAAAGAGAAGAAAACUUUACUGAAUAUUUGACAGUGGAUGAAGAGGCACACGAAUUUGUUGCAGAACUGAAGGAGCCUGGGAAAUAUAAGUUAUCUGUUACAACCUUCAGUUCCUCAGGAUCUUGUGAAAUUCGAAACAGCGAGUCAGCAAAAUCACUCAGUUUUUAUAUCAGUCCUUCAGGAGAGUGGAUCGAAGAACUCACUGAGAAGCCCCAGCAUGUGAGUGUCCACGUUCUAAGCUCAACCACUGCCUUGAUGUCCUGGACGUCUUCCCAAGAAAACUACAACAGCACCAUCGUGUCUGUGGUGUCACUCACCUGCCAGAAACAAAAGGAGAGCCAGAGGCUGGAAAAGCAGUACUGUACUCAGGUGAACUCAAGCAAAUCUAUUAUUGAAAAUCUGGUUCCUGGUGCCCAGUACCAGGUUGUGAUGUACCUAAGAAAAGGCCCUUUGAUUGGACCACCUUCAGACCCUGUGACAUUUGCUAUUGUUCCAACUGGAAUAAAGGAUUUAAUGCUCUAUCCCUUGGGUCCUACAGCAGUGGUUUUGAGCUGGACCAGACCUUAUUUAGGAGUGUUCAGAAAAUAUGUGGUUGAAAUGUUUUAUUUCAACCCUACAACAAUGACAUCAGAAUGGACAACUUACUAUGAAAUAGCAGCGACUGUCUCCUUGACUGCAUCCGUGAGGAUAGCUCAUCUGUUGCCAGCAUGGUACUACAACUUUCGAGUUACCAUGGUAACAUGGGGAGACCCGGAACUGAGCUGCUGUGACAGUUCCACCAUAAGCUUCAUAACAGCCCCAGUUGCUCCAGAAAUCACUUCUGUGGAAUAUUUCAACAGCCUGUUAUAUAUCAGUUGGACAUACGGGGAUGACACUACUGACCUCUCGCAUUCUAGAAUGCUCCACUGGAUGGUUGUUGCAGAAGGAAAGAAGAAAAUUAAAAAGAGUGUAACGCGCAAUGUCAUGACCACAAUUCUCAGCCUGCCUCCGGGAGAUAUCUACAAUAUCUCCGUAACUGCUUGCACUGAAAGAGGAAGUAAUACCUCCAUGCUCCACCUCGUCAAGCUAGAACCAGCUCCUCCAAAAUCACUGUUUGCGGUGAAUAAAACCCAGACCUCGGUGACUUUGCUGUGGGUGGAAGAGGGAGUAGCUGAUUUCUUCGAAGUCUUCUGUCAACAAGUUGGCUCCAGUCAGGAUAUAAAACUCCAGGAACCGAUUUCUGUUUCUUCUCAUGUCGUGACCAUCUCCAGCCUCCUUCCUGCCACUGCCUACAACUGUAGUGUCACCAGCUUUAGUCAUGACAGCCCCAGUGUCCCUACAUUCAUAGCCGUCUCAACAAUGGUUACAGAGAUGAAUCCCAACGUGGUAGUCAUCUCCGUGCUGGCCAUCCUUAGCACACUGUUAAUUGGAUUACUGCUCAUUACCCUUAUCAUUCUUAGGAAAAAGCAUCUGCAGAUGGCAAGGGAGUGUGGAGCAGGGACUUUUGUCAAUUUUGCAUCCUUAGAGCGGGAUGGAAAGCUUCCAUACAACUGGCGUAGGAGUAUAUUUGCUUUCUUAACCCUGCUACCCUCAUGUCUUUGGACUGAUUAUCUUUUGGCAUUUUAUAUUAAUCCUUGGAGUAAAAAUGGUUUAAAAAAGAGGAAACUGACUAACCCGGUGCAACUGGAUGACUUUGACGCCUACAUCAAGGAUAUGGCCAAAGACUCUGACUAUAAAUUUUCUCUUCAAUUUGAGGAGUUGAAGUUGAUUGGACUGGAUAUUCCACACUUCGCUGCAGACCUUCCACUGAACCGAUGUAAAAAUCGCUACACAAACAUCCUACCAUAUGACUUUAGCCGAGUGAGAUUAAUCUCCAUGAAUGAAGAGGAAGGUGCAGACUACAUCAAUGCCAACUACAUUCCUGGAUACAACUCACCCCAGGAGUAUGUUGCCACACAGGGGCCUCUGCCUGAAACCAGAAAUGACUUUUGGAAGAUGGUCCUACAACAGAAGUCUCAGAUUAUUGUCAUGCUCACUCAGUGUAAUGAGAAAAGGCGGGUGAAAUGUGACCAUUACUGGCCAUUCACGGAAGAACCCAUAGCUUAUGGAGACAUCACAGUGGAGAUGAUCUCAGAGGAAGGGCAGGAUGCCUGGGCCUGUAGACACUUCCGGAUCAACUAUGCUGACGAGAUGCAGGAUGUGAUGCAUUUUAACUACACUGCGUGGCCUGAUCACGGGGUGCCCACGGCCAACGCUGCAGAAAGCAUCCUGCAGUUCGUACACAUGGUCCGACGGCAAGCGACCAAGAGCAAAGGCCCCAUGAUCGUGCACUGCAGUGCUGGAGUCGGUCGGACGGGAACAUUCAUUGCCCUGGACAGGCUCUUGCAGCACAUUCGGGAUCAUGAGUUUGUGGACAUCCUAGGGCUGGUGUCAGAAAUGCGGUCAUACCGGAUGUCUAUGGUACAGACCGAGGAGCAGUACAUUUUUAUCCAUCAGUGUGUGCAACUGAUGUGGAUGAAGAAGAAGCAGCAGUUCUGCAUCAGUGACGUCAUCUAUGAGAAUGUCAGCAAGUCUUAGUUCAGAAUCCAGACCAGACAGGACAUGAUGUGAACCCAUCCUCCCUUGCUUCCAAGAGUUUUUUGGAGGGGCUCUAGUAGCCAUUUGCUAAAAAGAGCCCUGCUUUGCAGUACGUGGCCAAGAUAAUUUAUCUCAUAGAAGCAGCGGGAAGACUUAGCCUUAAAGAGCCUACAGUGUCUUUCGGACUCUCACUUCUGGACAUU